GUCGUGAUGUCACAGCACCGCCCUGGUGUUUUUGUGUUCCCAGCUCUUGGGAAAAGCCACCCUAUUUCUUUACCUGGUGGUCCUUUACCUUCAGGCCGCGAGAUCUCCAGGUCCUUCUCUGGACGUUUAGCCACGUAGUGCGGCGACUGGCGCGUGGGAGCUGACGCGGGUGGAGCGAUUGUGAUAAGGCUGACAUUGACUGGGGGUGGCCAGACGCGAGACGCAGUCAUCAGCGCGCGCAGCAGGCCCCGUCCGGGGAGCCCCUACAUCCUGAGGUCCAUCAUGAAGUUCCAGUAUAAGGAGGACCACCCCUUCGAGUAUCGGAAAAAGGAAGGUGAAAAGAUUAGGAAGAAAUACCCGGACCGGGUGCCGGUCAUCGUGGAGAAGGCUCCUAAAGCCAGGGUCCCUGAUCUGGAUAAGAGGAAGUACCUUGUGCCCUCCGACCUCACUGUUGGCCAGUUCUACUUCUUAAUCCGGAAGAGGAUCCACCUGAGACCUGAGGACGCCUUAUUCUUCUUUGUCAACAACACCAUCCCUCCCACGAGUGCUACCAUGGGCCAGCUGUAUGAGGACAACCACGAGGAAGACUAUUUUCUGUAUGUGGCCUACAGUGAUGAAAGUGUCUAUGGGAAAUGAGGCAGAAGCCCAGCAGAUGGGAGCACCUGGACUUGGGGGUAGGGGAGGGGUGCGCGUGGGACUUGGGGAACCAGAGGGAGGGCUCCCAACCAUGGAGGAGACGCAAGGUGAAGACAUCCGGAAACAUCACACCGCACACGCUGUCGUCGUCUUUUUUUCACAAGCUCAGUUGUUACUUUUCUCUGCUUCCUCAGCCCAGGAAGAACUUGUGUUGCAUUGGCUGUGAGAGCGGGAUGGGGACGACAUGAUUCACAGCCUUGCUGUGAGCUUUCUCUCUCGUGCAGUUUCAUCAGAGGUUUGGGAGGAGGGCAGGUGGCCGCUAGAGAAGAAUACAGUUCAGCAGCAACUCCUGGCUCUUUGGGCAGAGGUUUGACUUUUGGCAUUUGUACAAGCCGUACGGGCAAAGGGGGAAAAGAAUGCCGUAGGGGACCACACCUAAGGGACCAAAAGAUACCCACUGUCACUGAAGCAUUGCGACCCCUGACCUCUGUCUCCAAUUCCUCCCUCUCCUAGUCCUUUUCUUCCAUCCAGGCUUCAUAGCACCGCCCCAGUUGUGGCAGGAGACAUUCACACAGGCGUUUAGAUGGAGUCCUCUUGGAAAAUAGGGCCGUGCGGGAACGUGGUUAUGAUUGCCAGCGGUUUGGAUGGCAUUAAACUGGAGUUCAGGGUUGAACAUGUCCUGCUCCUCAUCCCAUAAGUACCUUGGACUUUCAGGAGCCUCAGGAUCAGUCCUCUAGCAUUUCCUUCACCUUUCUCAUGUACAAGGACGGCGUGUCUGUGUGUGGAGGGUCCGGGUUACAAGGUAAGCUAGGUUGCCCACCUGCCCACUCGUCCUCCCCCUGCUGCAGUCUCUUGGGUCUCACAGGCACUGCAAUGCUAAGCGAUGGCCAGCUGUCUCCCGCCGUGGCAUCUGCUAUUCAGAGAAGAUGGAGCGAGGGGGACACCAGAGUUUCAUGGGGGCUUUACUCAUCAUUCAUUUCAUUUAGGGACUCUGUGGGGGGAGGGGCAGGCAUUGCAUUCUCACAUGACAUUUCAAUUCAUCUCAACCAAUGAAGAGCGUCCUCCCUGUUGGGAGCAAUCUGUACGUCUGCUUUGUCAGCUUCAGGUUCUGGUACUUUGAAGUCAAUGCUGUCAGGCCAGGGAAAUAAAAUAAUUGCUUACCUUAAAAAAGUCUA